AUGGAAAAAUUGUAUAAAGACUGUUCAGAUAUUGUGAAAAGAGACCCAAGCAAGAGAGGACAAAAUGGGGUGUACUUUAUUUACACUGACACCCGGAAAGAAGUCUUCUGUGACAUGACGACAGAUGGAGGAGGUUGGACGGUCAUUCAGAAACGUCACGAUGGUGACGUCAAUUUUUACAGGACAUGGAUAGAGUAUAAACACGGAUUUGGGAAUGCCUCUAAGAACUAUUGGAUAGGAAAUGACGCAAUCUAUGAGUUGACAAAGAACAAAGGCCAGGAACUCCGGGUUGAGCUACAAAGAUUUAAUGGUGACAAAGUAUUCGCCCAGUACUCCACAUUUUAUGUUGGGAACGAAGACAGUAAAUACGUACUUCCAGUGUCGGGGUAUUCAGGAACCGCAGGUGACAGUUUGGAUUAUCACAGUGGAAUGCAAUUUAGUACAAAGGAUCAGGACAACGACAAAUGGAGUACUGUUAACUGUGCUGAAAAGCGACGCGGAGCCUGGUGGUACAACAAUUGUACCACCUCAAACCUUAACGGAGAGUACGGACAGUCUGGUGUGACUGGUAAAAGCUACCCGGUAUGGUAUGACUGGAAAGGAAAGGAAGCAUUAAAACAGACUGUGAUGAUGAUUAGACACAAAAACUAGAAAUCAUUUAUUACCAGAUCUCACAUUACAUUACCAAUCCGAUUUAUUUUAUUUUUGUGAAACGAAUAGCAAUGAUAUGUUGUUUUUGUAUUUAAGUACAGAUUCUUUAGACAAUUAAAGUAAGUUCCUUCUUCUUAAAUAUUCACACCAUUUAAUUAGAUUUUUAACAAUCAUAUUUUCUUUCUAUAAACGCAUAAAUGUUUUUUAUAAUCAAGAUUA